CGGAACACCGUUUGCUGCAUCCUCAGCAUCGCAUUACAUCACCGUAUCCAGCUCAGCCAUCCUGCCCAGCAUCUCUCCCACACCGGACCCCAACCUGCUGCUGCUUCUCGCCCACCAGCAUCACUGAGCAUGGCAGAGAGCGAGGCAGAGACCCCCAGCACCCCGGUGGAGUUUGAGAGCAAAUACUUUGAGUACAAUGGGAUCAGGUUGCCCCCAUUCUGCAGGGGGAAGAUGGAGGAAAUUGCUGACUUUUCAGUAAGAAAAAAUGACAUCUGGAUUGUCACCUACCCCAAAUCAGGGACAAGCUUGCUACAGGAGAUUGUGUAUCUAGUGAGCCAAGGGGCCGAUCCUGAUGAGAUUGGACUGAUGAACAUUGACGAGCAGCUGCCUGUCUUGGAGUAUCCUCAGCCUGGGUUGGAUAUCAUCAAGGAACUGACCUCUCCACGACUAAUCAAGAGUCACCUACCCCACCAAUUCCUGCCAAGAGACCUGCACAAUGGAGAAUCCAAGGUCAUCUACAUGGCACGGAACCCGAAAGACCUGGUGGUGUCUUACUAUCAGUUCCAUCGGUCCCUGCGGACUAUGAGUUACCGAGGAACCUUCCAGGAGUUCUGCAGGAGGUUCAUGAAUGACAAAUUGGGCUACGGUUCAUGGUUUGACCACGUCCUUGAAUUCUGGGAUCAUCAUUUGGAUUCUAAUGUACUUUUUCUGAAAUAUGAAGAUAUGCACAAGGACCUCGGCACAAUGGUUGAACAGCUGGUGAGGUUUCUGGGAGUUUCUUAUGACAAAGCCCAGCUGGAGUGCACGAUAGAACAUUGCCAUCAACUUAUUGACCAGUGUUGUAACGCAGAGGCCCUCUCAGUGGGCAGAGGAAGGGUCGGCCUUUGGAAGGAUAUUUUCACCGUAUCCAUGAAUGACAAAUUUGACCUGGUGUACAAGCAGCGGAUGGGGAAAUAUGACCUGACCUUUGACUUCAGCUUAUAGGAAAUGCAUGCAACGAUUUCCCAUGUAUUAGCUAGACAAGCUUAUGGCCUCUGUUUCUAUUGGCUGCACAAUCUACUGUAAUUAUCCUGUGUAAUAUUAUCCGCAGGGGACCGCUCCCAGGCAGCUGCCCGUCUCUCAGUAUUUCAUUGCUUCUUUUCAGUUAACUCUUGGGGUGCUGGAACGGGACCACCGCAUCGCCAGGUCCUGGGUCUCAAUUGGAACCUCGGAGCCGGGGAUCUUGCAGGGCCACAUGGAUUCCUGGGACAGCGCUGAGCUGCCGCGGGACCUCAGAAAUCUCACAGCUUGUACACACAGGCUCCAGAAUGACAGGGUCGGGGCCAUCCAUGACACUUGUACAAUACCUGAUGGUAAAAAUGCAUUAAGAUGCCGUAAGAUUGUUCACUUUACGCAGCACAUAAAACUCAGAGCAGUUUACAAACUA